UGUAUCAUAAAUUCAACUGCGUUUAUCAUAAAACAACUUUAUUUGCAGUUGUUUUGCGUGGACGCAUGCGCAAUUCGUUUCUGUCUUUCUGUUAACCGGCUAACUGAAUCUACAAACGUUUUAACGGUGUGACGGAAGUGAAGAAGUCUUAAUGGAGACUGAGGCAAAGCCAAAAGAAGCCGAACCAUUAGGUGAAGAUGCUGAAAAAAGUGACGCAGAAACUACGUCUCACACAGAUGCAGGAAACGCCACAACUCAGGACUCUAGUAUUAGCAAUGGGGAUGACGCAGAUGAUAAGCAGGAGACGGUGGACUUGAAGAUUAUCUGGAACAAGAAUAAAUAUGAUCUGAAAAUUCCUGUUGAUAGCGCCGGAACCAAACUAAAAGAGAGGAUCCAUUCACUCACUGGUCUUCCACCGGCAAUGCAGAAAGUGAUGUACAAAGGACUGCUUCCAGAAGACAAGACGCUACGUGAAAUAAAGAUUACAAAUGGUGCAAAAAUAAUGGUAGUAGGAUCUACAAUAAAUGAUGUAUUAGCUGUGAAUACACCCAAAGAGGUAAUUCAGCAGGAAGUUAAAGCUGAAGAAAACAAGAAAGAGCCUUUAUGCAGGCAAAAGCAACACAGGAAAGUUUUGGACAAAGGUAAACCAGAUGACAUAAUGCCAGCUAUUAAAGGAACAAAGGAACGAUUACCAACAGUGCCUUUAUCCGGAAUGUAUAACAAGUCCGGAGGAAAAGUUAGACUCACAUUCAAACUGGAGCAGGAUCAGUUGUGGAUCGGAACGAAGGAGAGAACGGAGAAAGUCCCAAUGGGCUCCAUUAAAAACGUAGUGUCUGAACCCAUUGAAGGCCACGAGGACUAUCACAUGAUGGCUUUUCAGUUGGGUCCCACAGAAGCUUCUCAAUAUUGGGUCUACUGGGUGCCUGCACAGUUUGUUGAUGCAAUCAAAGACACAGUCCUUGGAAAAUGGCAGUAUUUCUAAUGUGCCUCUUUUUUGACAAUGAUGAACUGGGAUUGAGAGGAGGAGCCAAUGACAAAUGAAACUGGAGUCAAUAGUGAAGCUUAAGGAACUUCUUGGAAUAUAUUUGAAGGAAACGGAUGGAUGCCUGUGGACUAAUCAUAUUCUUUUUAGGUUAAAAGUGCACUAUGUGGCAGCAUAACAUUUCUCAGCCCUGUUGAUCAUUCAAGGUUUGCAGCAAAUCCAAGGGAAAACAAUGAAACAAUUGUACAGAAAUUGCUAACACUUUUCCUCAGUUAUUCUUAAAGAAAUAAAACUUAUUUAAUGAAAUGAAAUCACUAGGACAAUGUUGUUUGUUCUGUCUGUGUUGAGUGUUGAAUCUACCCAGACUUUGUUGACAUUUAUUUUUCACCCGUUUUGUGUGGAACCACAGAGUUGCACAUCUCAACAAUGCAGUACUAUUUCUGUGUGCAAAACUGCUGAAACUCUGUCUAGUUGCACAGCGACUUUGAGUGAACAGCAAUUUUCAGUUCCUGCCACAAAUUGUGGAUUAGAUUGAAGUCUGGAUUUGGCCACCCCAGGACCUGAACACUAGUCCUUAUAAAGCAAUUCCUGUGUAGUUUUGGUUUUAUGUCUUGGGUCAUUGUCUUGCUGAAAAAUAAAUCUCCCAGGUUUCUUUGCA